AUGAAGGGUGCUGCGAGGGACGAGCACAAGAAGCCGGCAGAGGAGGAGAACAAUACUCCGGCGUGGGAGGAUGUGGAUCCGGCGAGAAAGCAGGUCCAAGCGCGCUCUAUUGAUGCGGGAGAGGUGCAGCAGCUGUAUGGUGCCGCUGAGAAGAUCCACCCUGGGGUUGAUGCACAGCCGGAAGGCGAGGACUGCGACGACCACAAAAAGAAGGGGCAGGUCUUCUAUCCUUCAGACCGGGUACCGACCACUAAAAUUGACGAUGAAGAUUGCUUGGCAAGAUGA